GGGCAGCGCCGGGCAGCGCCACCCGCAGCUCGCUCCCAGCCCGGCUCCGCCUCCCCAGGCUUAAAGGAUGGAACUAUUCUGCCUCCCUAUAUUGCUCAUGCUCGCUGGGAUCCCCCAAAGCAGUGCUUCAGAACGCUGCGAUGACUGGGGGCUGGACACCAUGAGGCAGAUCCAGGUAUAUGAGGGGGAGCCAGCCCACAUCCAGUGCCCACUCUUUGAACACUUCCUGAAGUUUAACUAUAGCACUGCCCACUCAGCUGGGCUAACCCUCAUCUGGUAUUGGAUUGGGCAAGACCAGGACCUGGAGGAGCCUAUCAACUUCCGUCUCCCUGACAACAGGAUCAGCAAGGAGAAGGACCUCAUUUGGUUCCGGCCCACGCUGCUCAAUGACACGGGCAACUACACCUGCAUGCUAAGAAACACCACGUACUGCAGCAAAGUCGCCUUCCCUCUAGAAGUCAUACAGAAAAACAGCUGUUUUAAAUCAGCAAUGAAGGUGCCCACGGAAUAUAUAUAUCUGGAACAUACUAUGGAAAUUGUAAAGUGUCCAAACAUAGAGGGAUUUUUUCCUUCCAGUGUUAAGCCAAAGGUCGACUGGUACAUGAACUGCAUCAAAGUGAACAACUUUAAUAAAGUUGAAGUGAAUGGCACGGAGAUCAUCUUCACCUAUGUCCUCCAAGCCAAUGCGGCCUUCUACACAUGCGUUGUGACUUAUCCAGAGAAUGGGCGCACCUUUAACCUUACCCGAACCGUGGAGGUAAAGGUGGUAGCCUCUCCAUAUCGUGCAACACGCCCUAACAUUUUUUCUCCUAAUGACCUCAUAAGUUAUGACAAAGAAGCAGGUGAAGAACUUGAACUUCCCUGUAAAGUUUAUUUUCCAUUCCUGAAAGAUUCGAAGAAUGAGAUUUGGUGGACCAUUGAUGGAAGAAAGCCUGAUGAUACAAUGAAUAUAACAAUAAACCAAAGUGAGAGUGUCUCAAAUAUUGGAGACAAAACAAUAAUCAGGAUACUGAGCAUCAAAAAAGUGACUUCUGAGGACCUGAAGCGUAACUACACUUGUCAUGCAAGAAAUGCCAAAGGAGAAUCUGUAAAGCAAGCCAUCGUCAAACAGAUAGUUGUACCUCCAAGAUACACUGUGGAGCUGGCCUGUGGAUUUGCAGUGACAAUUGUGCUCAUCAUCGUUCUGAUUGUGGUCUACCAUGUCUACUGGCUUGAGAUGGUCCUGUUCUACCGGGCUCAUUUUGGGACAGAUGAAACCAUUUUGGAUGGGAAGGAGUAUGAUAUUUACGUUUCCUAUGCACGGAACGCUGAAGAAGAGGAAUUCGUCCUUCUGACUCUCCGUGGAGUCUUGGAGAAUGAAUUUGGAUACAAGCUGUGCAUCUUUGACAGAGAUAGCCUGCCUGGGGGAAACACUGUAGAAGCUGUUUUUGACUUCAUUCAGAGAAGCCGGAGGAUGAUAGUGGUCCUCAGCCCUGAUUACCUGACAGAGAAGAGCAUCAGUCUGCUGGAGUUUAAGCUGGGAGUUUUAUGCCAGAACUCCAUUGCCACCCAGCUUGUGGUGGUGGAGUACCGGCCCCUGGAGCACCCGCACCCUAGCAUCCUCCAGCUGAAGGACUCUGUCUCCUUUGUGAGCUGGGAGGGCGAGAGAUCCAAACGUUCAGGCUCCAGAUUCUGGAAGGCCUUGCGCUUGGCUUUGCCUUUGAGGAGCUUAAGUGCAGGCUCAGGUUGGAAUGAGAGCUGCUCCUCCCAGUCAGAUAUCAGCCUUGACCACAUGCAGAGAAGGCGGGGCCGUUUGAAAGUGCCAACAGAGCCCCUGGGUUCAAGGAGAGCAGCAGGGGAAGCCGCAGCCCACCCAGGGGCAGCAGCCAAGCACCAAGGCAAGCCCUCAGGGGCUUGUCGAUGUUGUGUCACCUACUGCAAAGGGGAGAAACCACUCAGGAACAAGAACAGAGCAGAGGCACCCAUCCAACCUCAAUGGGAGACUCACCUUUGCAAACCUGUCCCCCAGCAGGUGGGGACACAUUGGGUUCAAAAUGGUAACAGACUGAAUACACCAGCUCCCCAGAUCUCAGCCCUUGCCCUUCAUCAUUUCACAGAUCUAUCAAAUAAUAAUGACUUCUAUGUCCUCUGAUCCCAAAGUGCCCUGGGUGCAGCUCUCCCUGUCUGCCCCAUUUUUAUGAUGAUCCAGUGGAAAAAAUGAACAUUUGGAACCACAGAGUGGGCCAGUCAAUGGUGUCCUUUUUAUUGCCACAAUUUCUCAUUCAUUCCUAACAGACAAAAGCCCAAAGGGGCCCAGAUUCAUUCCCAACAACCUCAGAAGACCUUAUAGAUCUUGGGUUUGCAUAAGAGGCUUACUUUGAGUAUAGUACUUUAGAGCCAACCCUACUAAUCACAACCUAAAGCUUGAGAAAAGAAUUUCAAGUGGUUUUUAGUGAGCCCUUUCUAUAGAAUCCAUGACUGCAUGGUCAAUUCAAUGUGGGUCUGACUUGGAAGUGUACCUAUGGGAGACACUGGUGCCUGGUAGAAACGGUUUUAUACCAGAGAGAGGUUAAAAUAGAGGGGAAAAACAAAAACAAGACAAAAAGAAAAAUAAACAAAAACACAACCACCAACAACAACCACAAAAACUUGGCAGCUCCUCAUUCAUUCUGCUCCUCCCUCCCUCAAAGCACCAGAAAUUCAACAUACACUAUCAGAAAGUGAAAUAUUUCUUCCUUUGCAUAGUCAUGUUCCCUAGACUAUCAAAUGAUUAUGUUAAUAAAGUUAUAUUUUUUUGGCCUUUAAUUUGUCCUAAACUUAUGACCUCACUCCUUCCUUCCCAUUUGGAACUAUUUAAAAUUUAUACCAGAGUUAAUUUAUUUCUCUUUGGGGACUGUCGAAAAUCGAGCCUUUUUCUAAGUCCUGACCCAGUUCAGGACCCAGGAGAGUGAAACAAUCUGAUUUAAGUGCCAGUACUUUGUACAUUGAUAAGUUUAGGAACAAACCAGUGCUGGACAGUCCAGAAAAGGAGAAAAAAUAAGUAUGAAAAUUGACUUUAAAACCCUCAAAUUUGGAACCUGGACAUUGAAUGUGUCAAAUUAGAUACAAUUCAGGAAGAAACACGUGACUUUUCCAAAGAUAGCCCAGCUGCCCAAAUACAUGUGAUGUAAGAAUUCCACAUAUUUCAAAGUGCCUUUUCCCACAAUCCACUUCAUUUUGAAUGGCUGGGUUCUUAGGCAUGGCAUUGCAUCUCUCUUGGUUCAUAGAUUUUCACCUGGGAAAUUAAUGGCAGGUUUUUUCUGAACAUUUUCCUAUGAUGAAUUAUGGAAAAUUAUUAAAAGGGUACACUCACCUGGGAAGAAUUGUUUUCUUGCUGCUAUGAUGUUUUAAAAAAUGUAAAAUAUGUUUUGAAAAAUUGCAGAACAUUUGUUUUGUCAUAUCUAUGUACAUAUAUACACACAUAUAUAUGUAAAUAUCUUUGCUUGAUAGCAGAAAAUCAGAAAUGCAGGAGAAUAGAGGGCACGAAGCUAUAGGAGCUGCAUGUGGGUUCUCCAUCCGUGAAUGACUCACAGAGAGUGGAAAAGUCUAAUCUUUCUCUAAACUUAGGAUUGCUGACAUGUUGCAUGAAGGAUGAAUUUGAGUCAAAGCCUCAGAGAUUCACACAAGAAGGUAAUUUACCUAAUGAGGUCAUACACAUAAGAAUUCAACAACAAUAAGCAUUAACUACCUACUAUAAGUCAGGCAGUAUGUUAGAGGCUAAAGAUACAAAUUAAAAAAAAAAAAAAAACCAGCAACAACAAAAACCCACUGCCCUCAGUCAGCUUACAUUCUAUUGGGACAGACAAAAUGCACACAACUAGGACAAUGCAAAAUAAUUUGAAGGAGGGGAAAGGUCUGUAUAGGGGCUAACAACUGAAAAACACUAAGAUAUUCAAGAGGCAAAAGGGAGGAGAAAGAGCAUUCCAGGCAUGGGCAAUAGCCUGGGCAAAGCCAUAGAGAUACCAAUGGAAUAUCACACACUCACUUCACAGGAAAAGGAUUGUGGAUUAAACGUUGGUCUUUGUCAGACAUUCAUGCAUUUUUAUGGAAUAGUCAACACUGCUCCAAUCUUGGAAGAACAGAUGGUAAGAAGAAAGAUAAUUACCACCUCGCACAGAAUUGCUCCAGAAUACUAUUGUUUGUGGUAAUGUCAAACUGAUUAUUCCAGGUCCUGACAGAAUGAUUUUUCCUGAUGAAAGUGAAGUCAUUUUUAUGGUUGUACAAGCAUGCGAAUAUUAGAAAUUCCACAACCUUUUGCCUUACUACUCCAAACAACUGUCAUAUCAGAGGCAGAGACAGAGACAGAGAAAAACAGAGACAAUGGCAGAGACAGAAAGGAGAGAGAGAGAGAGAGAAAGUUGGAAACUAAAUUACUGGUGGCCUAUGGGAAUUUGGAGGGAAAUCCCAGGGCCCUCUCCAAGGCACUAGACAGGAAAUAUUUGAGAAGGCUAAGGAAGCCUCUGAAGCACUUUUCUCUGAAAUAGAAUUCUCUGGCAAUCCCAGGACAUUCUGAAGACCUGGCUGGUUAUGUCUGAGCCACAAGUGGCAGACUUUCCCUUUUUAAAGGCGGCUCUACCAUCACCUACUGGAUGGUUUGCUCUUCUGAUGUUGGUUCCUUGAUCCUUUCAUCUUCCUCCCCCUAGGAUCACAUGCCUAUGUACAUCAUUAAACUGAGCUUGGUACCUGACGCCUACACUAAUGAAUUAUAUAGUAAGCUCUUAAUAAAUUCUUGUUAAUUGACACAGGGACUAGACAGCCCUGUGGCAUUCACCUCUGUGGCAUUCACCCUGAGCUCUCCAAUAACAGCUAAGGAGUCAAUUACAAGUCUUCUUUUGCCUCUCUCUUAUUUAUUACAAAUUGUCCUUUUCAAAUAAUCAUAUAUUGCAUUUGUAGAGCACUUUGAACAUCAUCAUUUUAUCACCUUAAUUAAUUCUCUUAACUACCAUGUAAAGUGGGCAUCACAAUCCUUCUUUUACAGAUGCAUAAAUAAACUCUGAAGCUUAAAGGGUUCCCAUAACUUCCAGCAA